AUGGCGGCGACUGUAACUCCUUUAGCAGUGGGUGGAGAAAGGACAAGUGGCGCAAAUAUUCGUUCUCAGAAUGUUACUGCUGCGCUUUCGAUUGCCAAUAUUGUCAAGAGUUCAUUAGGACCAGUAGGCUUGGACAAGAUGCUAGUUGAUGAAGUCGGAGAUGUAACAAUAACUAACGAUGGUGCUACCGUAUUAAAAAUGUUAGAAGUUGAGCAUCCAGCGGCAAAGAUUCUUGUAGAGCUUGCAGAUUUGCAAGAUCAAGAAGUUGGAGAUGGAACUACAUCAGUGGUAAUUGUCGCCGCUGAACUUUUAAAAAAUGCUGAACAAUUAGUUAAGAACAAGAUUCAUCCGACUUCUAUAAUUAGUGGCUAUAGGCUUGCUUGCAAGGAAGCUUGCAAGUAUAUUAACGAACAUCUUAGCGUAUCAGUAGAAGAAUUAGGAAGUGAAUGUCUUAUAAACGCCGCUAAAACAUCCAUGUCAUCUAAACUAAUUGGAAUGGAUUCGGAUUUUUUUUCUAAAAUGGUUGUCGAUGCUGCUCUAGCUGUUAAGAGGACGAAUGCAAAAGGAGAAAUCCGAUGUCCUAUUAAAGCUGUAAAUAUCCUUAAAGCACAUGGACAGAGUUCCCUGGAAAGCGAAUUAGUUCGCGGUUAUGCCCUCAAUUGUACAGUGGCAUCUCAAGCUAUGACCAAAAAGGUUGUAAAAGCAAAAAUAGCUUGCCUGGAUUUUAGUUUACAAAAGGUUAAAAUGAAAUUAGGUGUGCACGUUAUUGUAGAUGAUCCCCAAAAGUUGGACGCUAUACGUAAACGGGAGUCCGAUAUCACGAAAGAAAGAAUCACUAAGAUAUUAAAAACUGGAGCAAAUGUUGUUCUUUGUACUGGUGGAAUUGAUGAUUUGUGUCUGAAAUAUUUCGUGGAAGCUAAAGCUAUGGCUGUACGACGUGUAACUAAGAUUGAUAUGAAGCGUAUAGCAAAAGCAACAGGAGCAACCAUGUUGUUGACGCUCGCUAACCUUGAUGGUGAGGAAAGCUUUGAAGCGUCCAUGCUUGGUGAAGCUGGUGAAGUUGUCCAAGAUAAGAUUUGUGAUGAUGAACUUAUUGUUAUCAAAGAGCCAAAGUCUCGUAUGGCUGCUUCUAUGAUCCUUCGAGGAGCGAACGAUUUCAUGCUAGACGAAAUGGACAGGUCGAUUCAUGAUGCUUUGUGUGUCGUUCGGCGCGUAAUUGAAUCGAAUGCUGUAGUUCCUGGUGGUGGGGCUGUUGAGGCGGCUUUAUCGAUAUACUUAGAAAAUUUCGCUACUUCACUGAGUUCCAGGGAACAACUCGCUAUUGCGGAAUUUGCUAGAUCCCUAUUGGUUAUACCGAAAACGUUGAGUGUUAACGCGGCUCAAGAUGCAACUGAACUUGUAGCAAAGUUAAGAGCAUGCCACAGUAGCUCGCAAACGGAUUCUAAGCUUGCAAGUCUUAAAUGGAUGGGUUUGGAUUUGGUUGAUGGGAUAAUUAGAGAUAACAAAGGUGCUGGUGUUUUAGAACCAACUAUCAGUAAAACUAAGAGUUUAAAGUUUGCCACUGAAGCUGCUAUUACUAUACUACGAAUCGAUGAUAUGAUUAAACUUUAUCCUGAUGAAAAACCAGAUGCAGGCCAAUCGUAUCAAGAUGCCGUUGCAUCAGGACGUCUUUAAGCGUAUCCCUGAUUAUCGAUCAUAAAAUCUUUGGCGUUGCAUCUUAACGUGCUAAAUUUAUUAUGAUUUACCUUUUUGAUAACCUGUAUUGUUCGAUAGUGCUGUAAUUGAAACUUUCGAGGAGAUUGCUGUGGCUAAUAUUUGGAAUCUGUGUUGUUGCGCUGAAGUAAAUUCGGCACUAUAGUUCUUUUUAUCUAAUUUUAUUAUUCCUUUGAAAUAUGCAAUUGAUUAUUAAGUAUUAGCCUUACUAAUAUAAUUGAUAAUGAAUUAAUGAAACGAUAUGGCGAUAACUUUAUCUUCACGAUAGUGAUUUUAAAAUCGUCAUAAUUUCUUUUAGUUCUUGAC